AUGGCAUUUGAUAAGGCUAAAGAUUCGCCCAAAGACUUCGAGUCUGAUUCGCUGACGGCGAUCCCGUACUGGAGACUGCCGAUCGCUCAGACUGUCACGCCCGAAGUGAUUCGUUAUGACUACCAAGGUUCCGGUACAGAGAAGGAGCCUUAUAUCGUGCAAUGGAUCCCCGAAGAUCCGAGUAACCCUCUCCUUUUCAGCACAGCCAGAAAAUGGUUCAUUACUAUGACUGUUGCUAUCGCGACGCUUGUUGUUACUUUGGUAUCUUCAGCCUAUACAGGUGGACUUGCUGAAAUCACCAAAACGUUCCACCUAAGCAGAGAAGUAUCUACUCUUGGUAUUUCACUGUUUGUCCUCGGCUUUGCCAUUGGGCCGUUGCUUUGGGCACCACUCAGCGAGGUCUUCGGCCGCCAAAUUCUAUUUAUCAGCACCUAUGCUGGCCUCACGAUCUUUAAUGUCGCCUGUGCCGUCGCUCCUAACGGGGCCUCGUUACUAGUGUUUCGGUUUCUAGCUGGUGCCUUUGGCUCAUCUCCCUUAACAAAUGCAGGCGGAACCAUAGCCGACAUGUUUCCAGCAUCCCAGCGAGGCCCAGCGACAGCAAUUUUUGCAUUGGCGCCGUUUCUUGGUCCGGUCUUAGGCCCGAUCUGUGGCGGCUUUAUCGGCAUGAACGCAAGCUGGCGAUGGUUAAUGGGAUUCCUUGCGAUCUUCUCAGGGGUUGUCUGGAUUAUUGGCUGUUUAACCAUUCCGGAAACAUAUGCCCCAACCUUGCUGAGGCGCCGCGCUGCUAAGCUCUCAGCUAUUACGGGCAAGGUGUAUAUCAGCGAGAUCGAUUUGAAAGAGGGACAGGUUUCAUUGAGGAACUCAAUCAAACCUGCCUUACUACGUCCGUGGAUACUACUCUUUCGGGAGCCGAUUGUAUUGCUCUUAUCUAUCUACAUGGCCAUCAUUUAUGGAACACUUUAUUUGUUUUUUGCCGCCUUUCCGAUUAUAUAUCAGCAGACUCGAGGCUGGAACCAAGGUGUUAGCGGCCUGGCGUUUUUAGGCAUUACGUUUGGAAUGAUGGGAGCCAUUAUUUAUAUGAUCCCUGAUAAUAAGCGUUAUAUCAGAGUCGAACAACGACAUGACGGGUUUGCACCACCAGAAGCCAGGCUGCCACCGGCGAUCGUUGGCUCUUUAGCUAUUCCUGUGGGGCUAUUUUGGUCUGCUUGGACCAAUUCCCCUUCUAUUCAUUGGAUUAUUAGCAUCCUGGCUGGCAUUCCCUUUGGCUUUGGUAUGGUUCUGGUUUUCCUCAGCGUGAUGAAUUAUCUCAUCGAUUCCUACACAAUAUUCGCCGCUUCAGUGCUUGCCGCGAAUUGUAUCCUGCGCUCCCUAUUUGGUGCGGCGUUUCCCCUUUUUACAGUUCAGAUGUAUGAGAAUCUAGGGUUACAUUGGGCAUCGUCUGUGCCUGCAUUCCUGGCGUUGGCCUGUGUUCCGUUUCCUUACCUGUUCCAUAAAUACGGAUCACGAGUUCGGGCACAUUGCCAAUUUGCUGCCGAGUCAGAGGCUUUUAUGCGCACUCUAAAGGGGUCUGAGACUCAGGAAACACCUGCUGAUAUGGUGGAUGAACAGGCUCAUCAGGCCAACGAUUCCGGAGAUGUCAGUACCGGUGCCGAUGAAACAAUCUUCACUCUCAAUCAUGCUCGGGCAUCAUCAGCCCAUGGCCGACUUUCGUCAUAUGAUGGUAAUCCAUACGAUAUUGAUCGUGUUCACACGAGAAGCUCAUUUUCUUAG